AUGACCACGUUUUCUCUGUUUUUCCUAAUAGCCGGGGCUUAUCUGACUCCCAAGUGUUUCAGCACGGAGGUCAUCGGAGGGAGAGAGGUGACACCUCAUUCCAGGCCGUUUAUGGCUUCCCUCCAGUAUGCCGGUGACCACAUUUGCGGAGGGGUUCUGAUCCACCGACAGUGGGUGCUGACCGCGGCCCACUGCCGCCACAGUUUUACCAAAGCCUCGUCUUUCAAAGUGGUUUUAGGAGCACACUCUCUCGCAAAGAAGGAGGCCUCCAAACAAACGUUCAGGAUCGUGAGGUUCAUACCGUCCCCAGGAUUUGCAUCAAAGCCCGAGUCCAACGACGUCAUGCUGGUGAAGCUUCACACGGCUGCGAAACUCAACAGUCACGUCCAGCCGCUCCAACUAAGCCCCCAAACGGACAUUAGAGCUGGAACCAAGUGCCAGGUCACCGGCUGGGGCGCCACCAACCCAGAACUCUUAAGCCUCUCCGAUACCCUGCAAGAAGUCACCGUGACCGUCAUAAGCCGAGAGCUGUGCAACAGUGCGAGUUACUACAACCACCAGCCCAUCAUAACUAAAGGCAUGGUGUGCGCAGGAGACGCCAAAGGCCAGCGGGAUGCCUGCCAGGGGGACUCAGGCGGCCCCUUGGUCUGCAGGGGCAACUUCUGCGGCCUGGUCUCUGGAGGCCGUAAAUGCGGUGACGCCAAGAAACCUGGAGUCUACAUACUCUUGACCAAGAAACUCCGCACUUGGAUCAAAAGCAAGCUUCCCCAAAGGAAAGGGGAACGGACAUCCGCCGCGCCUUCCCAGAAGCAGGACCCCGGCGUUGCGUCUUCUGUCACUGACGUGCGGGCACUGUUUUAUCGCUACGACACUGAGUGUAUCUCAUCCACUAGUGUGUUCAUUCAGUGA